UUGUCGGUGGGCGUGGUGUACCAGCAUAGGGGCGGGGCGGCACAAGCGCAGUUUGACACUUGCAAGAUGGCGCUAGUCCGAGCGCUGAACUUGAUGGAUCUCCCUUCUGACCCGCUGCUGGUUAUUCUGUUCUAUCUGGACUUCCGGGACUUGACCAGUUGCAGCCUUGUCAACCGGAGGUUAAACCAGCUUUCCAACCAUGACCUUCUGUGGAAGCGGCCGAGCCAGAUCUAUUGGCUGGUGUCAGAGAACAAGAUCGCCCAGAAAACUCAGACCUGGAAGGAGACCUUCAUAACAUAUUAUAAAGACAUGGGCCGAUAUAUUGAGCACUAUGCCAAACUGAAGCAAGCCUGGGAUUCUCUGAAGCAGUAUCUGGCUGAACACUGCCCCAAGAUGAUCACUUCCAUUAAAGCUGGGGUCCUCGAGAGAGAUCUAAAUGGCGUGGAAGAAAAAAUAGGCUGCAAACUCCCCGAUGAUUAUCGCUGUUCCCUGAGGAUUCACAACGGCCAGAAGCUGGUGGUGCCAGGGCUGAUGGGCAGCAUGGCUUUAUCCAAUCACUAUCGCUCCGAGGAUUUCCUGGACAUAGACACGGCAGCGGGAGGCUUCCAGCGCAGGAUGGGUCUGAACCAAUGUCUGCCCAUCACUUUCUGUAUCCACACGGGGCUCAGUCAGUACUUGGCGUUGGCUGACACUGACGGAAGACGCCGCAAUGAGAUCUUUUAUCAAUGCCCAGACCAGACUGCACACAACCCUGCUGCCAUUGACAUGUUCAUUACAGGUACCUCGUUUUCCCAGUGGUUUACCUCCUACGUACAGCACGUUGUCUCAGGUGACUAUCCAAUCAUCUGGGACCAGAUUUUCAGGUAUGAACUCGACAAGGCUUGCGUGGCAACUACUGAUGAUAUCGCUGUGUCUGUCUCAACGUCAUUCCUGCCAGAGCUGAGCUCCAUUCACCCCCCGCAUUACUUCUUCACGUACCGGAUCAGACUGGAGAUGUCCAAAGAUGCCGACCCUGAGAAAGCGUGCCAGCUUGACAGCAGGUACUGGAGAAUAACCAAUGCCAAGGAUCAGGUGGAAGAAGUGCAAGGACCCGGGGUUGUAGGAGAUUAUCCCCAGCUGAGACCAGGCCGGGUAUAUGAGUAUACAAGCUGCACCAGUUUCUCCACGUCCUCUGGUUACAUGGAAGGCUACUACACAUUCCACCGCAUCGACAAAAAACAGGAGACCUUCAAUGUGGUCAUCCCCAGGUUCCACAUGAAGUGUCCAACAUUCCGCCUGUCCAACAUUUCCAAAGAGGAGAGCUGCAACGACUGUUUCCUACACGACGAUGAUUCUACUGACACAGAUGACUACGAGGAGAGACGUCGGUUCUUGGAUAUGCCAAACGCACCCGGUCACUGCCCCCGACUUCACCUGAACGAUCUGCUCUUACCUGGCAGGCGCUGAACACUAAAGGGUCAAAAUUCCACGUGUUUGAGUUUGCACUUUUGUUUUUUUGUUUUAUUCUGGACAAUCGCAGGGAGUUAGACCCUCAGUCAACCAUUGCUCUGACUUUCUUGGACGUUCAGGCAGUAUAUGGGGGCCCCACCCGCUUGCUUUAACCCCCCAGCUGUGGGGGGGAUCAGGGGAUGUGGCUGGAAGGGAGUGGUAUAUCCAUAAAGUAGAAACAGCCAUAAAUCAGGUGUUGUAUCCGCUUGCUCAGCAGCUUGUGUAGGGGUGGGGCUAAGCCUCCGAUUAAUGAUUGGUCUAUGGGGAAAAUCCAUUAGAAGUAGGGAUGCUCCGACGCAACUAUUUUGGAUUCGGCCGAAUCCUUCGCGAAAGAUUUGGUCGAACCGAAUCCUAAUUUGCAUUUGCAAAAUAUAUUUACAAAAAGUCACGCAAUUUCCCUCCCUGUCCCUAAUUUGCAUAUGCCGAAUCCUGCUGAAAAAGCCAGAAUCCUGAACCAAAUCCUGGAUUCGGUGCAUCCAUAUUAGAAGUGACAAAGUUUUAUUAUGGUUUAACUGACAUUUGUUUUCUCUAUGCUUUAUAUUAGAGGCUUCCCCCCCCCCCAGUGCUGCCCAGCCAUUGAUGAAAUGGAAACCCAAAAAUGAAUGAGGGGGAAGUUGUUUUUUUCUUUUUCCCCAAGUCAUGUUCUAGUUUAUUCAUCAAUUUGCAUCUUUUGGACAUCGCACCCCAACAGACAUCUUAUCAACUCCUGUUUGCAGCAGCAGACGUUGGAGGUACAAUAACAUGCAGGGAAAACAAACUAAAAUAAAUAUGUGGGUCUCCUUUGUGA